ACCGCGAUGGCAGCGCAGCGCCUGGGCAAGCGCGUGCUGAGCAAGCUGCAGGCUCCGUCGCGGGCCCGCGGGCCGGGGGGCAGCCCCAGGGGGCUGCAGAAGCGACACGCGCGUGUCACCGUCAAGUACGACCGGCGGGAGCUGCAGCGGCGGCUGGACGUGGAGAAGUGGAUCGACGGACGCUUGGAGGAGCUGUACCGCGGCAGGGAGGCCGACAUGCCCGAUGAGGUCAACAUUGACGAAUUGUUGGAAUUAGAGAGUGAAGAGGAGAGAAGCCGGAAACUCCAGGGCCUCCUGAAGUCAUGCAUGAACCCCACGGAGGACUUUGUCCAGGAGCUGCUGGUGAAGCUGCAGGGCCUCCACAAGCAGCCAGGCCUCCGCCAGCCCAGCCCCUCGAGUGACGGCAGCCUGAGCCCCCUCCAGGACCGGGCCCGGACCGCGCCACCCUGACCCCCUCUUGCCUCCGGGGCCCCCUCUGCGUCCCACCCCCCAACGCGGUCCUGGCUUGUUUAUAAGUUGUAUUUAAUGGUUCUGUAACAAUAACACCGCGUGCCUGUG